UUCAUUUUCUCUUCUUUUUUUUUUUUAAAUUUUAUUUUAAAAUAUAUUAUUAUUAUUAUUAUUAUUUUAAAUUUUCGUGGGCGCUUCUUGCCUGUGUAUAAUUUUAGUGGUACGUUUUGAAGCCAAAGGAGAGUUAUAGAUUGGGAAUUAGGUUUAGAGCUAGGGUUUUAUUGCCGUGGAGUAUUGGAUUCAAAGAUCGAUCUAGGGUUUGGAUCUUAUAGUAUCAUUGGAAUUGAUGGAGAAGAAGAAGUUGGCGGUGCCUCUUGUCUGCCAUGGCCACUCACGACCUGUAGUUGAUUUGUUCUAUAGCCCCGUCACCCCUGAUGGGUUCUUUCUUAUCAGCGCUAGCAAGGAUUCUAGUCCUAUGCUUAGAAAUGGUGAAACUGGAGAUUGGAUUGGAACAUUUGAGGGGCAUAAGGGAGCUGUGUGGAGUUGUUGCCUUGAUAGAAAUGCUUUGCGUGCUGCUUCAGGCUCAGCUGACUUUACAGCGAAAAUAUGGGAUGCAUUAACUGGGGAUGAAAUGCAUUCUUUUGAACACAAGCACAUAGUCCGGGCAUGCGCCUUCUCUGAGGAUACAAAUCUAUUGCUAACUGGGGGUUUUGAAAAAGUAUUGCGUAUAUUUGAUUUGCAUAAACCAGAGGCACCCCCAAGAGAAGUUGAUAAGUCACCUGGUUCAAUAAGAACUGUGGCUUGGCUUCAGAAUGACCAAGCAAUAUUGAGUUCUUGCACUGAUCUUGGGGGUGUGAGAUUGUGGGAUGUAAGAAGUGGAAAAAUUGUCCAGACCCUUGAGACCAAAUCACCUGUUACCAGCGCUGAAGUUAGUCAAAAUGGUCGAUACAUCACAACUGCCGAUGGUUCCACUGUCAAAUUCUGGGAUGCAAAUAACUUUUGUUUGAUAAAGAGCUACAACAUGCCAUUCAUUGUGGAGUCAGCUUCUCUUGAACCCAAGUUUGGUAAUAAAUUUGUUGCUGGAGGGGAAGACAUGUGGGUUCAUGUCUUUUGUUUCAAUUCCGGUGAAGAAAUCGCAUGCAACAAGGGUCAUCAUGGACCUGUGCAUUGUGUUAGAUUUUCCCCGGGUGGAGAAUCCUACGUGUCUGGUUCCGAGGAUGGUACCAUCAGAAUAUGGCAAACUGGUCCUGCAACUCCAGAUGAGGGUGAGAUGUCCAACUCAAAUGGUCAUUCAGCAAACAUUAAGGUUAAUGAAGUUGCUGCGAAAGUAGGGGCCCUCCACAUUGCCAAGGAUGGACAAGUUGAAGAAAAAGCAACUUAGGGUACUGCUACUUCUUGUUGUUUGACGAACUGAGUUUGAGGAUUCAUCGUGUUGUGUGUAAGCACACCAUUUUGGUGGAUGUAAGAAAGAGCAUGUCAUCCCACUUUGGAAGCAAACGAGAUAAAAUUUUGUAACAGCAACAUUGAAUCAUUUCUGUAGAAUCACACUAAACUCUUUAAUUUUUUUUUUAUAAUUUCACUUCUCCUUUUUGGAUUAAAAACUCCUUGGUGGUCUCACGUUGUUGGAAUAGCACUUGUUUAAGAUGAAUUGUAACUCUGCCUCUGUGCGGUGUAUUCUGAUUAUCCAAUGAAUUUGAGGAUGAUGAUUACUAA